GACCGGUGUCAACACACCGAGCGUCCUUGACGGAUGGUAAAUUACUGUAGAACUGAAAUGUUUUAGUUGAGGAAGGAAGUGAGAUGAAACCAGUGUUGUUUAUUUUCUGUAUAAAUUUAUUAUUUUCCAUCAAACAAUGUGCAAGAAUUUUAGGCGUUUUCCCCGCUCCUGGUUACAGCCAGUUUAUUUUAGCUGAAGUUUUAAUGAAAGAAAUUGCCAAUCGAGGACAUGAAGUUACUGUGAUUAGUCCAUACAAACCCCACAAUGCACCGCCUAAUUAUAAAACGAUUGAAACGAGUGACGUGAUAGAAAACAGUGAUGGAAUUAAUUUAUACGAACUUGACAACGAAUCGUUGUUUAAAAAUAUAUUGACGACUUACCAAUACGGGAAUAUUAUAACAGAAGUUACUUUAAAAGACAAAGGAGUACAACAAUUGUUACAUUCGGACGAAAAUUUUGAUUUGGUGAUCGUGGAACAAUUUUUUAAUGAUGCAAUGAAAGGCUUUGCGACUCAAUUUAAUGCACCUUUGGUCUUAUUUAGUUCAAUGGGUUUGACUGAAUGGAACAAAGGGUACAUGGGAAAUCCAACUCUACCAUCAAUUAAUGCAGUUUCAUACACCAGUUAUACCAACCAAAUGAAUUUUUUUCAAAGAAUUCGGAAUUUGGUCGGCACGAUUUUUGACUAUUGUUAUCGCAAGUGGGUGUUUUACCCUAUUCAGAAAGAAUACUUGGAGAAAUACUUCCCAGCGUCUAUCAAUUUUGAUAAAAUCAUAAGCAAUGCAAGUCUUAUGUUACUAAACUCACACUUUACAACAUCCGAAAAUGUCCUUUUGCCCUACAAUAUGAUUGAAAUUGGAGGAUUUCAUAUCACUCAAAACCCACUAAAUAAAGAUAUACAGAAAAUGUUGGACGAAGCCACUGAUGGGGCAAUUUUAUUUAGUCUAGGCUCAAAUUUAAAAAGUUCAGAUUUGACACCGAUAACGUUAAAUAUAAUUUUGACAGUUUUGGGACGACUAAAACAGAAAGUCCUAUGGAAAUUUGAAAAAGAUUUACCAGAAAGACCCAAAAAUGUUUUCAUUUCAAAAUGGUUAAAGCAAGCUGAUAUUUUAGCUCACCCCAAUAUACAAUUAUUUAUAACUCAUGGUGGCAUGUUAAGCACCACUGAAGCCAUAUUUAAUGGUGUUCCAAUGCUCGGAAUACCUGUGUUUGCAGAUCAGAAAAUGAAUACAGCACGAGCGAAGAAUGCCGGAAUUGCUAAUACUAUAUCUUUGAAGGAUUUAACAGAAGAGAAGUUUUUCUCAUUAAUAAACGAAACAAUCAAUGACUCGAAAUAUUCUGAAAAUGCAAGAAGAAUGUCAACCUUGAUGAGAGAUCGAGUCGUGAGACCGUUAGAUCUUGCAUUGUAUUGGAUAGAAUAUGCGAUCCGACAUGGAGGCGUUCGUUUUGAAACACCUGUUUUGAAAAUGUACUGGUAUCAAGUAUACAUGGUUGAUAUUCUCUGUUUUCUUAUAUGCACUUUAUUCAUUAUGUAUAUGUUAGUAAAAUUAUUGUGCACGUUUAUACAAAAGGAAAAAUGUAAAACAAAUAGCAAGAUUAGUCAUACAAAGAAAUAUAAAUGAUUUUUUAAAAUGGCAAUUAUUAAAACGCACAACCAAGUAAUCUUUAAUACGUUUAGUUAAUACAAUUUGUCUCCUCUCCACGUCCAUCUUAAACAAUGUUCAAACAAUUAAGAAGAUUAC